AUGAGGCACACCAGGUCCUUAACAUCGUCCAAGCUUUGUCUCUGCAUUUCUUUGUUAGUGGCGUUAGCUGAUGGGGGCAGUUCAGAACUUUUCUAUGAUUGGACUGUUUCUUACUCUCAACGUGCACCUCUUGGCGUUGAUAAACAGGUGAUAGUGAUCAAUGACAUGUUCCCAGGGCCAGUCUUGAAUGCAACAACGAAUGAUGUUGUGAAUAUUAAUAUUCAUAACGAAUUAACAGAUCCCUUUCUCAUGACAUGGAAUGGAAUUCAAAUGAGGAGGAAUUCAUGGCAAGAUGGAGUGCAAGAGACGAAUUGCCCUAUCCUGCCAGGCCAGAACUGGACAUACAGCUUUCAGCUUAAGGAUCAGAUUGGAAGUUUCUUUUAUUUUCCUUCACUUCUCCUGCAGAAAGCUGCUGGUGGGUACGGGGCCAUUCGUGUGAAUAACCGCACUGUUAUUCCCAUUCCAUUCCCAAAACCAUAUAAAGAAUAUGAUGUACUGAUUGGUGAUUGGUACAAUGCGAACUAUGGGGUCUUGAGAGCAUCAGUGGAAGAUGGGAACUCAUUGCCCCUGCCUGAUGGGAUUCUCAUCAAUGGGCAAGGGCCGAAUCAAGCAAGUUUUGAGUUUGGACCAGGUGUCACGUACAGGCUUAGAAUUUCAAACGUAGGCUUGAAGACAUCUUUGAAUUUCAGAAUUCAGGAGCAUUUGAUGCUGUUGGUGGAAACUGAAGGUUCUUACACAGUUCAGCAAUUAUAUGAUUGCCUGGAUAUCCAUGUUGGACAAUCUUACUCCGUCCUAGUCGCAGCAAAGAACCAGACCAAUGCCAAGUCUUACUACAUGGUUGCAAGUUCUCGCUUUACUACUUCCGAACAAUUUGGCAUUGGUAUCAUUCGUUAUCCAGGCUCUGUGGGAGACCCUGGUGUUCCUCUUCCCAGUGGACCAAGUCAAUCUGAUUACGAGUUCUCUAUACAGCAGGCUCGUUCGAUAAGGUGGAAUUUAGCUGCAGGAGCAGCCAGGCCAAAUCCACAAGGUUCCUUCCACUAUGGCAGCAUAAAUGUCUCUCGCACACUUAUUCUUGAGAAUAAUGUGACGCUCAUCGGAAGUAAACGAAGGUUUACAGUAAAUGGAAUCUCAUUUCUGCACCCAGAUACACCAUUGAAGCUAGUAGACAACUUCAAGUUCAAAGAUGUAUUCUUGCCUGGUAUCAUUCGUGACAGACCAAGUACUACUCCUCCUCCUUCUUUGGGCACUUCGGUCAUCGAUGCCCAUUACCAUGAUUUUUACCAUAUUGUCUUUCAGAAUCCUCUGUCAGAACUGCAAACAUGGCACAUAGAUGGCUACAACUUCUUUGUUGUCGGAAUGGAUUGGGGCACGUGGGAUGAAAGCAAAAGAGCAGGAUACAACAUGAUCGAUGCUGUUUCUCGCUCAACAAUUCAGGUUUAUCCAUCGUCAUGGACAGCAAUACUGGUCCAAGUGGACAACCUGGGGAUGUGGAAUCUGAGGUCACAGAAUGCAGAGAAUUGGUAUCUUGGGCAGGAACUGUACCUAAGAGUUAAAAGUCUCGGACAGGAUGAUUCAGCAACCAUUUCCGCAAGGGAUGAAGCUCCAAUGCCUGAGAAUGUCAUCAAAUGUGGAAGAGCUGCUAAACUAUGAAAUUUUCUUGAAGAUCUUAGUCCUGAAUUGGUUGAAGAACUAGUAGCA